AUGGCCACAUUCUUCGAAGAGCUUUGGAAUAGCGUCUUCACUCCAGGCACUACCCCUACCUUGCUCGUCGCGACAAAUGCUUCAUUCGGCGCUCUACAGUUCCUACUUCUGAUCCUACUCCUAGCCACCUAUAGCGUGCACUUCCUCGUGCUAUCUGUGCUCUCUGCAAGCUUGUGGUACGCCAUCAACUGGUUUGCUCGUGAGCUACAAAUAGAGCAAGCAAAGAGCGCUACAAAGGAGGAACAACGCGGUAAUAGAGAGAAGUCGACGGACCCUGGUAGCGAUACAGAAACCGAGAUGCCUGUCCCUGAGAUGACAGCAAAAUCCACGACUGCCACACAACACAGCACUUCGAGCCAUCUGCAACCAGAUCCCGCCCUUGAGAGCGACAAUUUACGGCGGAGACGCAGUCUAGGUGACCACAGCAGUAGUGGCUACGUCAGCACUGAUUCAGAAUGGGAGAAGGUCAGCGAAGGCGAAAACAAACAAUAA